GCAUGGUGGUAUAUAAGCCCCCUCUCCAGGGCUGGGUCCCAUUUCUCCUGCUCAUUGAGUGCGUGUCGCUUGGUGGGAGAGUGAGGAUGGAGCUCCUGGUUGUGUCUCUCUCUGUACUGCUGACUCUCACCACCCCGGACUGGGUGGAUGCCUCUGCUUACGACAAGAUCGUAUCUCACAGUCGCAUUAGAGCAAAGGACAAAGGCCCCAAUGUGUGUGCCCUCCAGCAAGUCAUGGGCACCAAAAAGAAGUACUUCAGCACUUGCCGGAACUGGUACCACGGAUCCAUUUGUGGCAAGAAGGCAACUGUCCUGUACGAGUGUUGCCCAGGAUAUAUGAAGCUGGAUGGCAUGCCAGGUUGCCCUGCUGUGGCUCCUAUUGACCACAUUUAUGGCACCCUGGGUCUCCUGAAGGCCACGACCACCCAGCAGUAUGCGGACAUGUCCAAACUGAAGAAGGAGAUUGAGGGCUCUGGGUCAUAUACCAUGUUUGCCCCUAGCAAUGAGGCAUGGGAUCUCUUGGACCGUGUGGUGAGAAAUGCUCUGGUGAGCAACGUAAACAUCGAGCUGUAUAACGCCCUUCACUAUCACAUGGUCAACCGACGACUCGUCACCAAGGACCUAAAGAAUGGCCUGAAAGUCACGUCCAUGUACAAUGAUCUGGGCCUGCACAUCAACCACUACUCCAAUGGGGUUGUGACUGUGAACUGUGCAAGGAUCAUCCAUGCAAACCAAGUGGCCACCAAUGGAGUGGUGCACAUUAUUGAUCGCGUAAUUUCUUCCGUGAGCAGUACCAUCAAGGAUGCUAUUGAAGUCAAUGAUGACCUCUCGUCCCUGAACGCUGUUGCCGUGACAUCGGGUCUGCUGGAGAAGCUGGGGGAGCCAGGCCACUUUACUCUGUUUGCACCGACCAAUGACGCAUUUAAGAAGGUGGACCGGGAUGUUCUUGAGAGGCUCAUGGACAACAAGGUCGUUCUGCAAGCUCUGAUGAACUUCCACAUCUUGAACUCAGUUCAGUGUUCCGAGGCCAUCAUGGCAGGCUCCUCCUAUGAAACGCUGGAGGGCCACAACAUUGAGAUAGGCUGUGAUGGUGAAAGCCUGACUAUCAAUGGUGUGAAAAUGGUGCUGAAGAAGGACAUUGUCACCACCAAUGGUGUCAUCCAUCUCAUUGACCAGGUGCUCAUGCCUGACUCUGCGAAGCAGGUUGUGGAGUUGAUCGGCAAGUCACAGAGCACCUUCGGCGACAUGAUCUCAGAAUUGGGCCUGGCAGCAGCCAUGAGGCCAGAGCUUGAGUACACGCUCUUGGCCCCAUUCAAUGGAGCUUUCACUGAUGAGGUGAUGACCAUGGACGAGCGACUCCUUAAAGUCAUCCUAGAGAAUCACAUUCUCAAAAUGAAGGUUACCCUGGAUCAGCUGUACGACGGGCAAAUGCUGGAGACAGUUGGUGGGAAGUUCUUACGGGUGUUUGUCUACCGAACGGCAGUUUGCAUUGAGAAUGCCUGCAUGGUGAGAGGCAGCAAAGAGGGCAGCAAUGGGGCCCUCCAUCUCAUGCAGACCCUUAUUAGGCCUGCUGAAACCACUAUCUAUGAGAUCCUUAAGGCUGAUGGACGCUUCAAUGUGUUCCUAUCCCUGAUGGAAGCAGCAGAGCUGACAGAUCUCCUCCGUAAGGAGGGCAGCUAUACUUUGUUUGCUCCAACAGACGAUGCAUUUGAGGGACUGAGUGAUGAGGACAUUGCACUGCUGAAAAGUGACCUUGGUACCCUAAGGACCAUUCUGUUGUACCACUUCAGCAACAGAACCUUCAUUAAUGGUGGCCUAGAAGGUGGAGUUACCAACCUGCUCAAAUCCAUCCUGGGGAAGAACCUACAAGUGCUAUCGGUCAAUAAUAGCAUCUUGGUGAAUUCAAUCAAUGUCCCUGAUAAUGACCUGAUGGCAUCCAAUGGAGUGAUCCAUACCAUUAAAACCUUGCUGUACCCCGGAGACCUGCCAGUUGGACGUGAGGAUCUGCUGAUGUUGUUGAAGAGGCUCAUCAGAUACAUCCAAAUCAAGUAUGUCGCUGGAUACACAUAUCAGGAGAUUCCUCUCACCUUCAUCAAGACAACUAUUACCAAAAAGAUCAUCACAGAGCCUGAGAUCAAAACCAUCACACAGGUGAUUGAAACAGUGCCUGAAAUUAAAAAAGUCACCAGAGUCAUUGAGGGAGAGCCAACUAUUGCAAAGGUUACCAGAGUGAUUGAAGGUGAGCCUUCAAUUACCAAGGUUACUCGAGUCAUUGAAGGCGAGCCCUCUAUCACCAAGGUUACCCAAGUCAUUGAAGGCGAGCCCUCUAUCACCAAGGUUACCCGAGUCAUUGAAGGCGAGCCCUCUAUCACCAAGGUUACCCGAGUCAUUGAAGGUCCUCAGUAUACAAUUACUAGCACGUCUUCUGAUGGGGAGCUGGAAGUGGAUAGUGAGAUAAAGAAGAUAUUGCAAGAAGAUGUUUCCAAUGUCAAGAAAAUUCUUGAAGGCAAUGUACAUAUACUGCAGGAGGAGGAGAUCAAACGAAUCACUGAGGGCAGUCAGCUGGGAACGGCAGGUGGAACAGGGUACACCAAGGUCACCCGGGUGAUUCAUGGAGAACCUCACAUCAUUGAAGGUCCAGAUUUCUCCAAGAUCGCGAGCAUCAGUGAAAACCCUGAUUUGAUCAAAGCUGAGUCAGAGAGAAUUACCCACAUCAUCCAAGAGGGUGCAGUCAAAGGAACAAAAAGACCAGUUGGUGGCAUGAAGAGAAAAACCCGACUGGUCCGCCGUCACAAGAAGCCCAGGCAGUGACCUCCUAGAAUGGUCAGGGGAAAAUGAGGAACAAGAUGUAGCCUUUACAGGCACAGAGUGCUAUAAGAAGAAGGUUCAAAAAUGCAAAAAAUUUCAAUGGAUUCAUUUGAUUGAAACUUUUCUUUUGGAAUCUGUAAAAGCCCACUAUUAAUUUUUAAUGUAAUACAGAUUGAAAUUAUAAAUGUAUGUAAAGACUAUACAUUUCAAAAGUACAAGCAGAGCUGUCCAUCGGGAUUUUUGUUAAAAAAUAUACGCAUACUGGGGAGCAGGUAGGGAACAGCUUGGAAAUUUUACUUUUGCAUGGUGACUUUUUGAGUCCGUUUUUGGUGCUCGCAUUCAACAUUUUGAAUGUUUCUUUUUAAAUCAAAAUAAAAAGUGCUUUGUUUAUGUCCAGAUUCUAGUUGGCAUCUCUGUAAAUGAUGUAACUCAUCAGCAACACAAGUUUUAAACGCUUCCAAUUUUGUACUUUCCCAGA